GAGAGCGCCCCCUCUCCAAAUUUUAUUUCCUUUAAAUCACUCUAUAACUUAAUUAAGAAUUUGUCUAACAUUUGGGUUUCAAGUUCAAGAUCUAGCUUUAUUCAUCUAGUGAUAAUUUACCUGAAUUAUGGGAGGAAGUAGAACAGGGGGAGGAUUAACUAUUAGAAGUAAUGAUCAAUAUUUGUGGCCUUUAGGGUGUUCUUCCAACUGGUUGCCCUUGACUGUAUGUAUAAACAGUAUGUACAAACUAUAGUUUUGGCUGGUUCCUGCCAAAUGUAUUUUGAAACAGAUACUUCUGAUUUCUUAAUCUCUAGCAGUCCUCCAAAAAAGAUAGUGGUUUGAGAAACCUGAUUUUUACCAUAGCAUCUGAGACAAUGAACAUAGCUUCCUAGAAUAUUUCUGAAAAAUCCAGUGUGUUGUAAAUGUCUCUUCACUACCUAGAUUCACAUCUCAGCCUGCAAGCAGAGCACCCUAACUAAGCCUCUUUGGGAUAUUGGCAGGAGCUUUUUUCCAUUAGCUGUGUGCACAUCUUUCCACAUAGUCCCUCUUCCCAUGCUGUGAUCAUUGCUGUUCUUGUUUGGUCUUUUUCCAAGAACCUGCAUCUUUCUCUGAAUGUUUGUAACUGUUCCCAUUAGACAUCUAUCUUCUUUUUCUGAUGAUCCCAGUUACACUAUUUUACAAACAUUUCUAGGAAACGAAUGGUUCUUAUUGUCUGAGGCACAUUUAUUUUCUUUUCUCCAUUUAGCUGUGAUUUCUGACCUGAAUACAGCUUUUUAUUGCUUACAGGGAAGGGAAGAGAUACAACCAAGUUAUAGGCAAGCAGUCUGCUGCCAUAACAUCCUCCUUCCUAGAACCUGUCUUAUAAGAAACAAAGGUAUAAAUAAAGCCAAAUAGGAAACAGGACCAUGCUUGGAACUCUCUGUGGAUGGAGAACAAAUAAUACCUGUAUGGACUAGAGAUUAGGAAAGGGGAAGGAAAAGUGGGGCGAAAUUACGGAAGGAAGUUGGCAGGCUCUGUGUUUCUUUGUGGCACGGCCAGUUUCUCUUCAUCCUUUUCCCAGAACUAGGGCUUGGUGCCAGGGCUCCUGAGGCGUUCUUCACAAAUAAAAGGAGGUGAAGCUGUGUGGUGCCCCCAUUUCAGAUUCUUGGGUAAAACCAACAUGAUGUCCUUGGUCUCUCUGUUCCUGGUGAGCACUCUAUUCCCUGCCCUCCAGGCCAAGCAAUUUACAAAAUGUGAGCUGUCCCAGGUGCUGAAAGACAUGGAUGGCUAUGGAGGCAUCACUUUACCUGAAUGGAUCUGCACCAUAUUUCAUAUGACUGCUUAUGACACACAAACCAUAAUCCAUAACAAUGGCAGAACAGAAUAUGGACUCUUCCAGAUCAAUAAUAAACUUUGGUGCAGGGACAAACAUAUACAUCAGUCAAGGAACAUCUGUAACAUCUCUUGUGAGAAGUUUUUGGAUGAUGACCUUACUGAUGACAUGAUGUGUGCCAAGAAGAUCCUGAAUAGUGAAGGAAUUGACUACUGGUUGGCUCAUAAACCACUCUGCUCUGAGAAGCUGGAACAAUGGCUCUGUGAGAAGCCGUGAGUGCCUGCUGGAUGUCCUUGUUGCUUUGGCCCUUUAUAUGCUCCUGGAACUUCUCUUCCCCAAAGACACCUCAGUCUGCAUCUUUCUACUCUCUUGAAGCUAUUUUGCCUUUGAGGCCUGGGCCCUGUAGUAACAACAUUGGACACUUGAGGACUAUUCUCCAGGGAUGCCUGACUGGUGCACUGAACUUUUGUCCCAUGCUCAGUGCCCCUGAUGGCACUUUCACUACAACAAUGGAUUCCACCUCUGUCCUAAAUAAAGGGCCUGAUUUUGAGUAA